UUUUCUCAAAUAUGCAGUAAAAUAGGAUCACACUUCACAGCGUUAUACGAACGGGAAUACAGUCCUUGUACACUGUACAGUUUCUUUAAGAAAUAAAUACACCCCUCUUCUUCACUGUCUAAAGAUUCUGAACUCAAAAGUCUCAACCAACUAUCCUCCACAAAACAGAAGAGCGAGAAAAAGAAACAAAGAUUCUGGCAGCAAUGAAUGGUGUUGUAUCAAUGGCAACAACAUCACAAGCAUACUUACAGGGCAAACAAGUAACUGAAUCUAGGGCGUUAGUUGCUGAACUGUGUCGUCACUUUUAUUCACUUGGUUGGGUUUCUGGUACUGGUGGUAGUAUUACUCUUAAAGUUCAUGAUGAGUCAAUCCCUAAACCUCAACAAAUCAUUGUCAUGUCUCCUUCUGGUGUUCAAAAAGAAAGAAUGGUACCUGAAGAUAUGUAUGUACUUUCAUCAACUGGUUCUGUUCUAUCUACACCUACUCUUAAACCGUACCCCCAAAAACCUCCCAAGUGUACUGAUUGUGCUCCUCUUUUUAUGAAGGCAUAUCAGAUGCGAAAUGCUGGUGCUGUAAUUCACAGUCACGGGAUGGAGUCUUGCAUUGUGACGAUGAUUAACCCAAAUGCUAAAGAGUUUCGGAUUACUCACAUGGAGAUGAUAAAGGGAAUUCAAGGCCAUGGAUAUCAUGAUGAUCUUGUUGUCCCAAUUGUGGAGAAUACUGCCCAUGAGGGAGAGCUCACAGAUUCUCUUGCUGAAGCGAUUAAAGCCUAUCCCAAAACCACAGCAGUGCUUGUCCGUAAUCACGGGAUCUACAUAUGGGGUGACUCCUGGAUUAAUGCAAAGACUCAGGCGGAAUGCUAUCACUAUCUCUUCGAGGCUGCUAUCAAACUCUAUCAAUUGGGCUUAGAUUGGUCGACCCCAACCCAUGGUCCAAUUCAAAGCGUCAAAAAACUUCACUAUGGUGAUAGUAAUGUUAAGACGAGGGCUACGAUAGGUGGUAAUGGAGCUGAUCCACCCCACCGCUGUGUUGUUCUUGACAUUGAAGGGACAACAACUCCUAUAACAUUUGUAACUGAAGUUCUUUUCCCAUAUGCUCGUGAUAAUGUUAGGAAGCAUUUAACUGCCACAUAUGAUACUCAACAAACCAAAGAUGAUAUUAAGUUGUUGCGUGCUCAAGUUGAGAGUGAUUUGAAAGAAGGUGUUGUUGGUGCCCUGCCCAUUGCCCCUGAUGAAGCUGGCAAGGAAGAAGUGAUUGAUUCUUUGGUAGCCAACGUCGAAGCUAUGAUUAAAGCUGACAGAAAAAUUACCUCUCUUAAAGAAUUGCAGGGUCAUAUAUGGAGAACUGGGUUUGAAAAUAAUGAAUUAAAGGCAAUAGUUUUUGAGGAUGUACCACAAGCUCUUGAAAGGUGGACGGAUUCAGGCAUCAAAGUAUACAUAUAUUCCAGUGGUAGCAGGGAAGCUCAACGGCUUCUCUUUGGCAAUUCAAUCUAUGGAGACUUGAGAAAGUAUUUAUGUGGAUUUUUUGAUACCACAGUAGGAAACAAAAGAGAAACUCGUAGUUACAUGGAGAUUGCCCAGUCGUUGGGUGUGGAUAAUCCAUCAGAGAUCUUAUUUGUAACAGAUGUAUUUCAAGAAGCCGUGGCUGCAAAGGAAGCAGGUUUUGAGGUCAUCAUUUCUGUCCGGCCGGGAAAUGCACCUCUUCCAGAAACCCAUGAGUUCAAAACAGUGACAUCCUUUUCGGAAAUCUGAGGUCCAAAUUAAUUUUCUGUAAUCUUAUCAAUGUGGCACAAUGUUGUGAUUAAUAAAUGAAUCAAUAAAUGUCUUGACGUAAA